GCCUGCAAUGGGCUAUAUAUAUGAGGGCAUGGAUAGGGCGAAGGAGGCCAUCAGAUUCAUCUAUGGAGGAGAUGAGAGCAAGUAUGGUCCCAUUUGGGAGAUCAUUGAUAGGAGAUGGCAUCAUCAGCUUCAUAGGCCCAUCCAUGCGGCAGCCUAUUAUCUGAAUCCGACAUUCCGUUUUAUCCCUUCUUUCAAGGCUGAUGUGGAGGUCCUUAAUGGGCUAUAUGAAAUCAUGGAGAAGAUGGGACUUGUUGGUACUUCUCAGAUAGACCUUUUUCGAGAGCUACAAUUGUUCUCAGAUGCACAAGGGGAGACCUUCUCUCGUCCUGUCGCCAAAGACGGUAGGACAACUAUGAUGCCAGAUCAUUGGUGGAACUUUUUUGGCCCAGAGACACCAAAUAUUCAAAAGUUGGCCAUUCGCAUCUUGAGCCAACUAUGCAGCGCAUCAGGUUGUGAGCGCAAUUGGAGUAUGUUUGAGCACAUACACUUGGAGAGGCCCAAUAGAUUAUCUAUGGAGAAGAUGAAUGAUCUCGUCUUUGUUCACUACAACCUCCACCUGAGAAUGAGAAAGAAUGCAAUAGUUGACAUGUCUCCUAUCAUUCUAGAUGAGGUUGAUCUUGAAGCAGAGUGGGCCAAUGAGAAUUAGACAUCUCGUGGGACUCCUACAACUGU